GCCGCACGGCAUCUCGGGACUUGUAGUUCCCCGUCCAGCGCGACAUGGCGGCACCGCGGGUCCUGGCGACUCUCGGUGCUGCGCUCCUCCUUGCCGCUGGCGUCCAGGCCAGCAAGUACUCUCGGGAGGCCAACGAGGGGUUGGCGGCCGCUGGCGCCAAGCGGCGGGAGACCGGGGAGUUCCGGGUGGUGAGGCUGAACCAGGUCUGGGAGAAGGCGCAGCGGCUUCAUCUCUCUGCUGUGAAACUGGCAGAGUUGCACAGUGAUCUAAAAAUACAGGAAAAGGAUGAGCUAAGCUGGAAAAAACUGAAGGCUGAAGGGCUUGAUGAAGAUGGAGAGAAAGAAGCCAAACUCAGACGCAACUUAAAUGUCAUUAUGACUAAAUACGGAAUGAAUGGAAAGAAGGAUUCUCAACUAGUUGAUACCAACUACAUUAAAGAUGGUACAGAAAGUGAUACACUAGAUGAUCCAAGACUGGAAAAAUUAUGGAGCAAGGCCAAGACCUCUGGGAAGUUUUCUGAUGAGGAGUUGGAUAAGCUUUGGCGAGAAUUUAAGCAUCACAAAGAAAAAAUUCAUGAAUACAAUAUUCUGCUGGAGACCGUAAGCAGAACAGAAGAUAUCCACAAAAAUGUUAUCAACCCAUCUGAAGAGAACCUGGUGAAAGAGGAAAUCUUGCACAACAAACACAGAGAACUCAAAGACAAGCUGAGAAGUAUCAAUCAGGGGUUUGAGCGUUUGCGUAAAGUCAGUCACCAGGGAUAUGACACAACCAGCGAAUUUGAAGAACCAAGAGUGAUUGAUUUGUGGGACCUGGCGAAAUCAGCCAAUUUCACUGAGAAGGAACUUGAAUCUUUUCGGGAGGAGCUGAAACACUUCGAAGCAAAAAUUGAAAAACACCAUCAUUAUCAGAAACAAUUAGAGAUUUCACACCAGAAACUGAAGCAUGUAGAGGGAACUGGAGAUAAGGAUCAUCUGAUCAGAAACAAGGAGAAAUAUGCCAUGCUGGAAGAAAAGACAAAAGAACUAGGAUAUAAGGUAAAGAAGCACUUGCAAGACUUAUCCAGCAGAAUCUCUCAAGGUCUUCAACACAAUGAAUUAUAAAAAUUUGUUCUUCUUCAUGGGAUCAAUCUGUUUUAACACGAAACAGAUAAUGUGGUUUUUGAACAGGAUUUGCCAAGUAGUCCUUCUGAAAUAGUAAGGAUUGAACAGAGUUGUCCUGUAAGAAACUUUUUUUUGGUCCACUUAAUUGCCAGUUUUGUACUUGCACUAUUAAAUGAUUAGAUUAUAAAUUUAAGUUGUACAUCUUGGAUCAUAUUAAUCUUACAUCUGAAGCAAGAAACAGCCUUUGAAAU